UAAUGAUACGAUUAUACUUAUGCAAAAACAUGUGUACGCAACCGUUUCAAGGAUAGGUGCUAAUUCGUACGCGAAAGCUCUUACUACAAUUUUCAACUGGACGCACAUGUAUGACACGCAGUUGAAUAACGUAGUCGCUACUUGUUCAAGCUAUUAUGCCGUCUCUGUACACUUUAAUGCUAUGACAUAUUCCGUGUGAACUCAACUGUCGUGGUUUAAUGUUGAUGUUUUGAUCCGAAGUAAUUACGUGAUUUCAACACAGUAUAUUUGGAGUGAUUAACGACUCGUUCACGUACGGACUACUAUUAAGAGCAUUCAACGUGUAUUAUGGUUUGACAGUCCCUGUGUACGUUUUACGUAACGAUGGAUAUAUCAACUCCAACCGGGGUGAAUCACAGUGGACUUGCUCACAGUACAGAUGGAUUCUUAGGCAUUCCUAUCGAAUCUUCAGCUCUGGAUGUUUUGUCAACAAAGCGAAGGAGCUCGUCACGUACGAUAAAGCGCAGAAAGUUCGACGAUGAGCUGGUGGAGACAACAUUUAACUUACAGCCACCCGCGACAAGUACCAAAUCAACAUCAAGAUCACGGACGAUAUCUGUGUCAGCUGGUUCCAUGGAUGUUAUGCCGUCGCAAACAUUACCUACCCCGAUACCAAUACCGACCACCUUAACGCAAUCUGAUAGAUGUAAUCGUAGACCCACAAGACCCAGUGGUUCGAAUGGUCCUGGACGCAAAAACAAGAAGAACAAAAAUCACACUCAUUCCAUCAAUGCCACUAAAGAUCUCGGACGAUGGAAACCUACCGAUGACUUAGCACUGAUUACUGGUGUACAGCAAACAAAUGAUUUGAGAAUGGUUCAUCGAGGUACAAAAUUUUCCUGUCGUUUUACGUUGCAAGAAAUACAACAGAGAUGGUACGCUUUAUUAUAUGACAGCGCAGUUUCACGUGUGGCUGUGCAAGCUAUGCGCAAUUUACAUCCUGAACUAAUAGCUAGUGUGCAAGCACGAACAUUGUAUAGUAAAGCUGAGGAAGAUCUUUUGGGUACUAUUAAAUCAACUACUCAUCCAUCACCGGAAACAUUUCAAGAAUUGCUUGAAGCAAAUGCACAUACAUUUUAUCCAGCUAGGACUGCGAAAGCGUUACAAGGCCAUUGGCAGUUGAUGAAACAGUAUCACUUGUUACCUGAUCAAACAGUGCAAAGCUUACCACGUGGUGAACACGUAUUGAAUUUUUCGGAUGCCGAAGAUAUGAUCAAUGAUGCGGAUUUGAUAGAACCAAAGGAUGAACUGGUGGAUGCUGAGUUGACAAUGGCAGACAGGAAGAAUAAGAGAGAAAUUAAAGUGUUAGAAAAUGAGCUCGGUAGAUGGCAGGUGCUGGUCGAUAAUGUAACAAGUAGUAGUCCACCAGAUUUUGAUAAUCAGACUUUGGCCAUCUUAAGAGGAAGACUUGUCAGAUAUCUCAUGAGAUCUAGAGAGAUCAGUGUAGGACGCACUACUAAGGAUCAUACUGUUGACGUGGAUCUUAGUUUAGAAGGUCCAGCUUGGAAAGUUUCACGUCGACAAGGUACUAUUCGUUUAAGGAACAACGGAGACUUCUUUCUGUCGUCCGAAGGGAAACGGCCGAUAUUUGUGGAUAGCAGACCAAUUUUGGCUGGCAAUAAGAUGAAAUUGAACAACAAUAGCGUAAUCGAAGUUGCAGGACUGAGAUUCAUAUUUUUAAUAAAUCAGGAACUCAUCUCUGUGAUACGACAAGAGGCUGUCAAGUUGAAUUUAAACCCUUGAAGCAUUCUAGAAGACACAAAAGACAAUACUAAGUCUUGUGGAUUACGUUUAUAAACGGAACCGCAGUUCAUGAUAAUUGGUAAAAUACUCUUCUCAAAUAUAAUCUACUUUUUACAUCCGAGUAUAGCAAGUACACAUUCAUAGCAGUAUAGGUAUUAUUCGCCGUAUGUAUAUCAACAUCUAUAAUUUACUUGUCUAUAUAAAAAAAAACUGAUGUAAAAUAUAUAAGCAUACUUUUUUUAUGAAAAGUUAUUUUUCUAGAGCGAAUCAAAAGCUUAUAAAAUUCAAUGAUAAAUAGCGUGUAUUUAAUAAGGCAAAAUAUUUUAAGAACUUAAACGUACAUAUAUUGCCUAUCAUGAAAAUAGAUUUUUCUAUUUUUGCCAUUAUAUAUAUUAUAAACAGGAUGAUUGUGGAAGAAAAACCGCAAUAUUUGGAGGAUGCGUUCGGGUGAUCGAAAUAGAUAAAAAAAGUCCUGUAAACAUUGGUCUGAUUUUCACCUGUUACGGAGUUGCUGGCCUACGUUUAGCAGAGAAAGUAGCUGUUGAAAAAUUCGUGAAUCUGAUUGCUCUUAGACUCAGUCAACGUUAAGAAUACACACCAAUCAGAUUCACGAAUUUUACAACAGCUACUUUCUCUGCUGAACGCAAUGAGUGUUAUAAAUAAACGUUCGCGAUGAAGACCAGUAAAUGCUAUGUGACGAGUUUCCAGAAAAAAUAACUAAAAGUCGCGUACAUACGUGUACAUGCACGCUUAGCGUGGAAAAACAAGUUUUAUAAGGAUAAGCAUUUACUUUGACGUUUAUUUUCUGAAAUCGCUUAAGUAUUACCUACUUUCGCCAUGCCCGCGACAUUUAUGUAUCCAGAAUAUGUCGACAUUUUCAUUAAUGCAUAUUGUAAUGAAACGCUAAUCAUGCAAUUGCUGAAUAUCAGCAUUGUUAUCCGAAGAGUGCGAUAGGAGUGUAUUUUCAACAGUCUUCGACACAUUGUCUCCGUAACUGCUGAGAAUCGGACCAAUGUUCAUAGGAUUUUCUUGAUAUAUUUUGAUCCCUUGAACACAUUCCCCAAAUAUCUUGAUUUCUUCCCCCAACCAUCUUGUGUAUAUAUAUAUAUAUAUGUACGUAUAUAUGUAUAUAUAUACGUAUAUCGUAUACAUAUGUAU